AUGAUCGCUGGAGAACAAGAACAGGUCCACCGAUCAAGGUACCAGUCGGAGUCGAGCCAGGGAACGAUGUGUGUGCCGGUUAUUGGUCCUGAAGUGUCGAUGGUCUGUGACGCGGGGUCGGCUUCCCGUCCCACCAGAUUAAGCAGAGACGAGUCCUCGCGGGGCGGAAAAAUACCGCCACCGAAGGACGGGGUCCGGGAGAUAGCCUCACGCCCAACCACAGCGGCUGGGUCAAGCGGUUCUCGCGGCGGUGGUCGUGUCGUUGGUCUGCUGGCCUUGGCGUUUGCCUUACCCAUCAAACUGUGCAACGUGGAAAGCAAAAUGCUGGUUGAGCUCCCAUCGGGGUUCAGGUGCAUAUGGAACGACCUGCCGCACAUUGUCCAAUUCGUGGCCAUAUUUAUGAUGUUGGUGCUACUGUACGGUGUUAACAGAGCCUUCGACAAGGCGGACGACGCCAUGUCCACUCGCUUGUCCCGCGCCACAGCGGCGCUUCUGCACGAGAGAAGGCACCACCACGCUCCCCGCCCCCGAGUUCUCUAGACCACGGCGAGAAUCAAAGCUGCGCCGUCUACAGCUCAAGUACGCGAUGCAGCGUUUCUGCAUGGGAGAAGGCACCACGCUCAGCGUUUCGGCACGAGAGAAGCCCCCCGCCCCCCCCGGGUUUUCCAGUUUUCCAGACCGCCACGAGAAACAGAGCUGUGUCGUCUAUGGUAGCAGCAGUACGCAUGGUGCAACA